GUCCAAAACACGGUUGAAACUAAAUCAGUGGGCUUAAAACUUACAGCGCGUAAUACAGUCUCGACCUUGGUGUAGUGACACAGGGACCAUGGUUACUAUGGAGGAAUUUAACAGUCAUGCUGAAAAAGUUAAAAAGCUUAAAACAAAACCUAAUGAUAAUGAUCUCCUCGAACUUUACGGCUUGUACAAACAAGCUACAGUUGGUGACAACAAUACAUGUGCACCUGGUAUCUUCGAUCUAAAAGGAAAGGCGAAAUGGAACGCUUGGAAUGGAAAAAAAGGUAAGUAGUCGUUCAAAGCCAUAUAUAUGUAGUACAGACAUGCAUGUACUUAAAAAUAUCUUCACAAGCACAUAGGCUAGGUUUUCCAUUUGAUUAAUGACAAGUUGCCACACCACUAUAACAAAUAUGCAUUCUGCGGACUAAAGCUGAAAAUUUUUCUGCUUAGGAUGAGUGGAGAGACUCAAAAUAAUCACUCACUAAUCUUAUAUGAUUGGGACACGUGCGCUUUUGCUUAAUUUGCCAUACAUUGUACUGUAUGUCCCCAUGGUUAUGGUUCCUUACCAAUAGUUUAUAUUUAAGAUUGUAAGAUCGACCUUAGUAUUGUGUAUUUUAACUAAAACAUGCAGCACAAUGACUCGUAGGAAUAAACAUCAAAUUUGACCUGACUACCAAGGAAAAAAUUUGUUUACUGUUGCCUAAUUUGUCUUUUUUCUAUAAGCUACUCUUGUGCGCUACAAACUGAACUUGUAGACAGUAUGUAGAACCGUAAGACUAAAUAUUGGUAACCGUGGUUAGAUAUCCCCAUCACAACCGUCCAGAAAUAUUAGUAGUGUGACGUUUGUUCUGCUUGGUUCCCGGUUAUUCAUCCGUAAACCAAUGACCCUGAAGUACAUUCUAAUUUGAUGUACAGAGAAAUAGAAGCAUUCUAUGCUGAAACAUUGUGCUAACUAGAUAAAAAGAGUAUACAAGAUAAAGGUGGUAGUGUGCGUCCGACCAAUGUAGUUGAACUAUGUAAAAUAUUUGGUUCAACCUGAGUUCCACUCCUUUUGGAUGUAAAAGACAAGUUUCACUUUAUUUAGUAACUUGUUGCUUCAAAGUAUUUCUCAUACACUAUAAAAAAUUGUUGAGCUCUUGAAUACUCUUAGAAUGAAAGAAAAUACAGAUUAAAGUAACGAUUUAUAUAUAUGCGUCUAUAUACGCAUUCGUAUUACUGCUUUUUAAAACAUGACAACUGAGUGUUAGAACUCAGUAGCAAAAUCAUCCUGGGCUUUACAAUUAUUAAUUAUUAUAUUAAGGUUUCUAAGCUGCUUAACAAAUAACCACAACAAAUACCCGUUGAUGGCAAUCUUAAGGGACCAGUGACCAUUCACCCUCCUACAAACAGAAACCUAUAUGCCGUGAACUGAGUUCAUAGUCUUCAGCUAAUUAUGAGUGCGAAUAUCCUGAUUUUGUUUGGUACGAAAUGCCGUCAAUUUUUCCGAUUAUUCGUUGAAGGCAAUUGAGAAACUCACAUAAUAUCGGUCACUCAUGUGAUAGGAUGCAAAUUUCACUAAGGGGUGUUUUAAACGUACGGCUGAAUUAUCCGCCUAAAAGCUUACUAUACUAGACGUAUUUUGGCCUUGGAUUACAGUUCAUAUAGAUAAGUUUAGAAAAACUAUUUGUGGUAUAACUGGGUAUCUUUACUCUCAUUUCAUCGUGUAGUUAUUUGCGAAAUAUAGCGAUUGUACUUACCGAUGGUAUGAGCCAGUAAAGUGUUUCGCAUUGAUUUAUUUUAUUACCAACCAUCAGCUCGCGGCUUCACUUUUCGAUGCUUGAGAAAUAGUCUAUGUAUCACUGUCCUGAUAAAUGAUCCCAAAAAGUCACCAGUCAGUCUUACGCAACGUAGAGCCUGCUAAAACGCUAGCAAAAGUCAUGAAAGUGGUUUCUUGUUAAUUCUAUUACUGUUUACUUCUAAAUUACAGGUAUUUGCAGUGAAGAAGCCAAAACGUUGUACGUGAAUAAAGCUAGAUGCCUUAUUGAAAAAUAUGGACUGGAAUCAUAAUUACUAUUAAUUUUAUUCAAGGAAACUAAGUUAUUCAGUUAAUAUUUAUAUAUUUUUGAUAUGAUUUACAUAUUGAGUUCGGUUAUAAUUUUUACUCUUUUUUCCUUAUCUUUUUUAUUUGUUACUUUAUAAAUGUUAAUCGUAACGAUAGGGGUCAGUAAACAUUUUUGAUAGUUAUUUACUGUAUAUCUAAACGUGUUUUACGACAUUAACGACUUCUAUUGUCUUUCAUACUUUUUUGUAAUAUCGAAAUACAUAUUAAAGGAAACGUGGAGAUACUUUUUCUGUUUAGAAACAGUCAAUCUCAGCAAUUUGGAUAAAUGAAGACGUUCAAUCAGUUAUAUGCAACGUAGAACUAGACAUAUGCAUUGGUCACCAUAUCACAUUAUCAUGACGAGAUAAAAUUGUUUCCUGACUAACCAUAGAGUAAUAAAAAUAUCAGUAGUGAAAAAGGCUUGAUGUAGAAAAAGAAAAACAAAGGUAUAAGGCGAUUUCAAGACUCAGGUUCUAUAGAAAGACAUGAAUUAAAUGGACGUGUGCUAUGGCCAAAGAUUCUGAGAUGUCACUCGAAACCCAACCACUGGUUACGAUAAUCACGUGGAAUCCAACUAGGUAGCCUACAACUAUUUAAAUGAAGCAGUUCAGUUGCCAAUGACUUAAUGUCAUGGAGUACUGCAAAGAUAUUAUUUCGUGUAGAGGCCUGAUGAAGAACUAAUUGAGAAGAACUAUUUCUUCUCUCAACCUGUCUUUUUAAUAUCUCAGUGGGAAUAUUUGAUUGUUUACAUUGACCGGUUUUAAAAAAUAACUAAAGUAAUGGAAGUCCUCUGCGUAUUUGUACUAAAAACAGCAUACACGAGUUGUACUUAAUAAUUGAACUUACAGAAAACUACAUACCAGAUCGAAAUCCCAUAGACACUAAUAUUUCUUUUACUUGAUCAGACCCAUCAUUUAAAAUGCCGGUAGUUGAAAUCCUACAAGAAUAGCGUCAAAUUCAAUCCUUCACCCAGUAUUCAAAAGAAUUAUUCUUAAAACUAGUUCGAAAAGUCAUUUAAACAAGUAGAAACAACAAGUUAAUUUGAUUAAUGUAAAGACUCAAGUAAAUAUUUGUGAAUAUAUCUCGUUCGUUUUAGUCAGAAUGUUUGUGACCAUCCGUCGCACUGUCAUUUAUUGACGAGCUGAAAAUAUCGAUCGUCGAACUGUUGUAUGGAUUCAAGGGGUACUGUGCUCGCCUGGUGAUUCCUAAUUCUGGGGUUCACUUCUGUAUGGUUCCCCCAGAUCACGCUGUAGAGUUAGUUCCAACUUAAAUCUAACAAUCAUCCUAGCGUUCCCGAAAUACUGAAAGGUAAACCUAAUAAAACGCGAAUCACAUGGGUUAGAGAAGUCUACUAGAUGACUGAGAAAUUCUGAAUAUUAAUAGUUUUUAACGAAUUGACGGGAGGUAUGCGUAUCAAUCAAUCAACAACUCAUCACAGUAUCAAACGUUUAUGCGCUUAAAUUUACUGGGCAACAUACAUGAGGAAAAUACCUUCACCUUGCUCCUGACACUCAUCGUAUCUCCAAAACUAAAUGGUCAGUAAAUUUGUUGAAACUACUGUAACCUAUCUUUGUAAGAUUUAACGUAGAAGUGCGUUUAUAUCAUUAUUAUUAUCACAUGCAAAAAGCGGGUUUAACGAAUAAUAAUAUAAUAACCAUAGAUGUAUUAUUAUUGAAAGUAUCUCACCGUCAUAAAAAUGAAGAGGAUUCAGCGAAUAAAAUUCUCUUUUCAAGGAAAUCAUCUACUUAAGCUGUACAUUCGUGUUUAUAGUUUGACAAAUAUAUGCCUGUAGGGAAAUAGAUUGUAAAGUGAUCCGAGAUUUAAAAUAUCAAAAGGAGGACGCGUAAUGAUCCCAGGGUUGGAGAAGGAUAGGAGGAUGAAAAUAAUUUACCGGUUAUUUAUUAUUAUUUAUUUGAACACAUAAAUAUUGGUACAAGAGAGCGCCAAUAUAUAUGCGCCACACAAAACAAUGGGAAUUCGAAGAGAAGU